AUGGAAGCAGUGCAGGAGGUCAGCUUGGGCGCUCUGCUGGAUGCUGGGGACGGCGCCGUGGUGACUCUGGUGGUCGGCGACACGCGGCUGGUGGCGCACAGGGCCGUCCUGGCCACCAGGAGCCCCGUGAUUGCCGCCAUGUUCCUCUACGGCACGCCGCAGGCCAGCAGCGACCAGCUCGCACUCCCUGACGUGGAGGGCCCGGUACUGCAACAGCUGCUGGGCUACCCCUACACCCUGCAGGCGCCCCAGCUGCCCGGCAUGGCCCACCAGCUGCUGGCCACCGCUGACAGAUGCGGAGUGUCCGUCCUGAAGGCAGCAGGUGGCCGCACAGCUGUCCGUCGAGACUGCGGCUGCCACCGCUGUCCUCGCGAUUAG